AUGGAAGCUUUUAGAAGGGUGUUAGAGGAUUGCAAUUUAAUGGAUAUGGGUUUUUCUGGGAAUUGGUUCACAUGGGAGAGGGGUAAUUUGCCAGAGAUUAAUAUUGAGGAACGGUUAGAUAGAGGGGUAGCUAUUGACAGCUGGCUAGCUUUAUUUCCAGAUUUUCAAAUUCAGCAUCUAUCACAUUUCUUCUCCGAUCAUUGUCCAUUGCUCAUUAAUACUAAAUGUGAAGAUACAAGGUGUGUGGAGAAGAGGUUCAAAUUUGAAGCAUGGUGGGUGUUGGAGGAGUCAUUUAUUGGUGAAGUUAAGAGUAUUUGGGAAAAUUCUUCAUGUGACUUAUUAAAUAAGUUGCAGUGUGUUAAAAGAGGGUUGCAUAAAUGGGCGGCUAGAAUUGGUUAUAGUAGAAAAUCAAAGCAAGAGAUGUUGCAUCUAAAGCUGACAAAAUUGCUAGCAGAAGAUAGAAGCGAUGAGAACCUGGCGGAACUUAUUGAUACAAAGGUGGGUCUCAACUUUGAGAUUGAAAAUGAUGAGAGGUAUUGGGAACAACAGGCGAGAGUUAAUUGGCUGAAACUAAGAGAUAAGAAUACUUCUUUUUUCCACAAGCAAGCGACGCAAAGGUGA